ACACCCGGCGACAACGAAUGCCCAUGGUUAGCUAAGUAAUCAGCACAUUUGUUGGCUUCACGAUAAAUAUGGGAGGUGGUAACUUCCCAACCUUGGCGCAUAAGUUCCUGAUAACGGGCCACAACGGUCGUAUGAUGAUGGGUGUCCGUGCUCCUGCUCUCAAGCAGCUGGAUAGUACAACUCGAGUCCAGCUCAACGCGAACACGACGACAUCCAAGGUUCCAAGCCAACUGAAUACCUUCUACAGCUCCUCUCAACUCGACCUGGGUAAUGGAGCAAUAACCCAAGUUACAAGCAAAUGCCGCCAAGCAGCGACCAUUGUGAUCUCAAAUCAGGCCACCAGAAGUAGCGUGACCUGUAUCCUGAAUAACUUAACCGUCUGAGUUGAGAGUGACUCACUCGGGAGGCAGCGGUUUCCAUGAGAUCUCGACCUCCGUUCUUGUGGGCAGGAUAGGCGUAUAAACGAGCCUAUCCUUCUCCAGAGUUGUCCGCACGACAUUAAUCCAAGCUCGGAUUGGCUGUAGAAACAUCUCAGAAGUGGUGGUUUUGUUGUCAAAGACUCUCUCAUUCCUUGUCUUCCAAGGAGCCCAACAAAUGAGGCUGAAACUU